CCGUCAACCACUUUGGUUCAACUACCACCACCGUUUCUCUUCAUUAUCUCUAUAAACACUCUAUCCAGAUACGCAUUUCUAACUUCCAAUAUACUACUCCUCCUCCCCUUACUCCUCGUCGGUUUCCUGGCCUGGCGCUGGCACCACCAUCAACAUACACCCCCCACCAUGCCGCCUUACUCGGGAGUCCAGAAGCAACUGAUUGCCCAGUUCGUGGCGUUUACGCAAGCGAAAGAUCUUGUUGCUGCAAAGUUCCUUAAAGCGUCUAGGUGGAAUGUUCAGGAGGCCAUUGAUGCCUACCUUGACGAUCCCCAAGCAGGAAGUAGCGGUGCUAGCGCCGCCAUCAGCAAGAUCUUUGACAGCUAUCGAGAUGAUCCUCAAGAGAACCCCGACGGUAUCGGCAUCGAAGGAGCUAUGAAAUUCUUCGGAGAUAUUGAGGUGCAACUGGAUGAGGUCGCCUGUCUUGGAAUCGCAGAAUUGCUCAAAUCCCCAUCUAUGGGUGAGUUUACUCGUGAGGGCUUUGUGACUGGAUGGAGGUCUACAGGCUGCGACAACGUCAAAAAGAUGAUUAGUUACGCCCAAGAAAUCCGCAACCGUAUCCCAACAGACCCUAAUCUCUUCCGUCGCGUAUACCGCUACACCUUCCCCCUCUGCCGUCUCCAAGGCCAGCGCAACCUACAGUUCGAAAUUGCCUCCGAGCAGUGGCGUCUAUUCUUCACUCCCGACAACGGUGGCACGACAUGGAACACGAAAACGACUCCUUGGCUGGACUGGUGGAUCGAGUUUCUGGAGGGACGUGGGAAGCGGCCGAUUAACAAGGAUCUGUGGGAGCAAUUGGAGGUGUUGAUGCGCAAGACGAAGGAGGACGAGGAGUUUUCGUGGUGGAGUGCUGAUGGGGCAUGGCCGGGGGCUAUUGAUGAUUUUGUGGCUUAUGUGCAGGCGAAGAGGGGGAAGAGUUCAGAGAUGGAGAUUGAGUGAGCUGUAUAGUUAGUCCUAAGAAUCCCUCGCUAUAAAUAAAUUCGCCUGAGGUAUCUCUCCAUCACGGGUUGAGUUAUAUCUUUCACUCAGCAGCCCAGAACCCUCGUCUACUUUCUUUGCAACGGGCUAUCCUGUCAUAUCUCGGACAUUCAUUUCAUCCAUCAUACCUUCACUCCACGUC